GUUUCAAAACAUCUAGUGGAGUCGUUGACUCUGGUCUUGCUGGUUGCGUCCGCUGUUGUUUUGUUUAGUCGCUCGCAUUCAUGUACGACACAAUACGUUACGUACGUAUGUAGGUACAUAUGCAAGUGCGAACCAGUUGCCGGAUUGUUUUGGAUCGUGACAUUGCCUUUAAGCGCUUAAUAGGCCCUUAAGUGAACGAGUUUUCACGCUUGUACAUUCGUUUCAAUAUUUACCGUAACGAAGUAUUGGAAGUUAUACAACAUAUUAUCAUAUACAUAGCAAACAUACCAAAGAAAUGGCCAAAGUAGUUUUAUACUUUCUGGUGCUCUGCGCCGUGUUAGUGUGCCAGUCACGUGCCAACCCGAUCGAUGCAAAAGCCUUUGUAGCCACUGAGUUUCUGGUGUUGCACAACAACGACAUGCACUCUCGUUUCGAGCAAACAAACGUAAAUGGCGGCAAGUGUUUGCCAGAGGAUGCCGAUUCCAAUAAAUGCUAUGGCGGAUUCGCGCGAGUUGCACAUGAAGUGCGGCGGUUUCGGGAAGAUGCAACGAAGGGUGGCACACCUGUGAUAUAUCUGAAUGCUGGAGACACUUACACCGGUACGCCAUGGUUCACUGUUUUUAAGGACAAUAUUAGCGCUGCAUUCCUGAAUAAACUACAACCGGACGCAAUUUCACUGGGCAAUCAUGAGUUUGACGAAAAAAUCGAAGGUCUAUUGCCAUUCUUGAACAAAGUUGAAUUUCCUGUUGUAACUUGUAACUUGGACUUGAGUAAAGCACCCGAAAUGAGUAGGACCAAACAUUUAAAGAACUCAACAGUCCUCGAAGUUAACGGCACAAAAGUUGGUGUAAUUGGUUAUUUGACACCUGACACCAAGUUUUUGAUUACUCCAAACACCCUUGAAUUUAAAGACGAAAUCGAAAGCAUUAAUGAAGAGGCUGCAAAAUUGAAAGCACAAGGUAUAAACAUAUUAAUCGCUUUGGGUCAUUCAGGCUAUCAGACAGACCAGAAAAUAGCAGCUAAUUGUCCAGAAAUCGAUGUGGUUAUUGGUGGUCAUUCGCACUCAUUUUUAUAUAGCGGUAAAGAGCCCGAUGCGGAGCACAGUGAGGGCCCCUAUCCGACAGUUGUGAAGCAGAAGAGCGGCAAAGAAGUGCCAGUGGUGCAAGCGUAUGCCUACACAAAAUAUUUAGGAAAACUCCAUUUGCAGUUCGAUAAAGACGGAAAUCUAAUCGAGUUCGAUGGCACACCGAUUUUGUUGGACGCUUCCGUGCAACGAGAAAAAGAUGUUCUAGAAUUGCUUGAGGUGUACCGUCCAAACAUCACCAAUUUGGAGAACACAAUUGUAGGCCAUACAAAGGUGCAAUUAGAUGGUCGCUCAACGGUCUGUCGCAGUGUGGAAUGUAACCUGGGAAAUUUAGUUGCGGAUUCCAUGAUUUACGCACGUGUUGCUGAAGAUCAAGGUGGCGCUUACUGGACUGAUGCGCCAAUCGCAAUUAUGAAUGGCGGAGGUAUACGCUCCGGAAUCGAUAAGCGCUCGGAUGGUUCAAUUACAGAAAAUGAUGUUUUAUCUGUUCUUCCCUUCAAGAAUAAGUUGUUUGUGGUCAAUAUAUCUGGAAAACGGCUACGAGAUACCCUCGAAUUGUCGGCCAUAAAACGCACUAAAGACUCUAGUGGCGGUUUCUUACAAUUUUCUGGCUUACACGUCGUAUAUGAUUACCACAAUGAGGAGGGUAGUCGAGUUGUUUCGGUGGAAGUACGCUGUGGCGAAUGUGAAAUGCCCGAUUACGAACCGUUAAACGAUUCGAAAACAUAUAAAAUUAUAUCUACUGAAUUCUUGGUGAAUGGUGGCGAUCAACACAGUUUGGUUGAGAACGGUACAGAACCCAUAUUAAUGAAAUGGGGUGAUAAGGAGGCUUUAGUUGAAUACUUAAAGCAUCGCGACUUCAUAUAUCCCGAAUUGGAAGGUCGAAUUGAGGUUAUUGAGUCAACGAGCCCCGGGUCCGGCGCCUCGGAAACCCGAUCCUUUAUAUGCCUAACUCUUGCCAGUUUGGUAAUGUUUUUUCUUCGUUCCAUCCAGUAGAUAUAUUUCUGCUUUAUGAACAAUCGCCAAAAUUACAUUUAUUAUAUUAAACAUUGUACUUUUAUUGAAUUAAACAAUUUAAAUAAAUUUUGUGAGGCACAAUUGAUAUAAUGAUCUAUGCAAAGGCACAA